GCACGUGUUCUGUACCUUCAGUGAGACUUAAGCUAUUGUUCGUUGUUCGUUGAAAAUUAAUUUGUUUAUAUUUAAAUUUUAUCAAUUGUUUUAACUAAAAUAUCAAAGAUUUAUUAUAAUUUUUAUAAACCAUCAAAGAUCUUUGACAUGAUGUUAGGUGUUUCUUGUACUAGCAUUGGAGUAGCACUAGUUCUACUAUUGGUAAUGAUAUGCACCCUAAAUGAGAGCUUUAGAUACAGAGCGAAAUUUUUAAUUUUUGGAUUAGAAUCUCUAUUCUUCACAAUCAUUUGUUUACCAUUUAUGUUCUUCAAUAUCGGAUCUUGGAAAAAUGCGUUAAUACCUGCUUGGCUUUUGAGUAAAUCAACUAAUAAAGUAUUAGGAAUUAAGUUCGAGGUACGUGGGAAAGAAAAUAUUAUUCAUGAUUCUGGUUGUAUUGUUUUGAUAAAUCAUCAGAGUAUGUUGGAUUUGGGAGUAUUGGCACAAUUGUGGCUAGUUAUGGAGAGAUGCACCGUUAUAUCUAAGAAGGAGAUUUUAUAUUUUGGACCAUUCGGUCUUGCUGCUUGGCUAUGGGGUACAAUUUUUAUCGAUAGACGAAAUGUUGAAGAAUCUCGUAAGGUUGUAAAUUCAACGUGUGAAUAUAUACAAAAAUCUAAAAUGAAAGUUUUAUUCUUCCCAGAAGGAAAACGACAUAGCGAUAAUACAUUGUUACCUUUCAAAAAAGGACCUUUUCAUUUAGCUAUAACAUCGCAAGUGCCGAUUCUACCGGUUAUCGUAUCGAAAUAUUUCUUCUUAAAUAGUAAAUCAAAGAGAUUUGGUUCUGGUACUAGCUAUAUUACAAUUUUACCUCCAAUUCCUACGAAAGGCUUGACCAAAGACAAUAUGCAGGAGUUGAUGGAUAAAUCGUACGAAGCUAUGAAUACGGUAUUUGUACAAACGUCACAAGAAACUCUUACAAAACACAUGGAAAGUUUAAAAAAUGAUUAACAUCUAUUUCUAAUUUUUUAUACGUUAUAUGUACAUAUCCAGUCGAUUGCAUAACGGGAACACAUCUAAAGGUUCUUCGAUAUAUUAAUUCUUAAGUUAAUAAUCUCUUCUAAUUGCGUAAAAGAAAUAAUAGAAUUAAUUAUAAACAAAUCUAUUAUCGAAUAAUGUACCUGUACAAGAGACCGUUUGUUCCUUCAUUUUUUCUGUUAUACAAAUUAAUUGUUAAUAAAUUCUUUAUUUAGAAAAAAAAAAUUUCUAUACUAUAGGAAACGUGUAUUAGAGGUAAUUACGAUAUUAAUUUCCAUAUCUAUUGGCAAAUUUAUAAAAUUGUUGAAUGAAAAAAAUUUGCAGAAUAUGUUCAAGCUUUUCUGUUUGCAAAGAUCGAAACGUUGCUUAUCUAAAUAAUUUUCUCAUUGCUUAAGAAAUAUUAAAUAAUUUAAUUUUGAAUUUCAUAUGUAAAGUUAUACGCUUAAAAACGGUUAGCACAUUAAAGGGGGAAUUUAUCUAUCGAUCCGUCUUCUUUAAAUAGACUUAUCAUAUUAUGGUGUUAUUAUUACAAUCUAUCGGUUAAAGUAGUGAGAGCGUUAAUAAUAUGCCUUGAAUAUGAAUUUUGAUAUUUAUAAAAGAUUCUAUUAUUCGUUUGAAGAAUAUUUAAUAUUAGAAGGUAUAUCGAGUAAGUCUUGAAAUAUCAAUGAUGUUUAAAGUAGACAAAAAUUAAAAAAAGCGGCUAUUUUAUACGUCCGUAUUAAAUAUCAUUUAUUUCGUAUAUUAUACAAUUGUCGUCAGUCAGUGUCGCAUAUUCCUAAUGGAUUAGCUUUCCAAAAUUUCAUAAUACAACAUUUUUUCCUUAGCACGUGUAACGUACAUACGUACGUACAUGUAAUACUAUUAAUUCAAUUGACUAUGUACACAAUCAUACCACUUCGACGCUUUUUUACUUAUUUAAUGAAUCUUAUUCGGUAACGCACGACAAUUUAUUUGGCGUUUUUACUUGUCCUUAUAUAUGUGCUAUAUAUACAUACAUACAUAUAUAUAUAUAUAUAUAUAUAUAUAUAUAUAUAUAUAUAUAUAUA